GGCUUGGGCCACACCGCCUCCCGUGUGUCGGCCAUUAUCAGUCGCGUUAUCGUACGGCUAAUUAUUUCUUUUUACCGUGGUUCCUCUCGCUCAGCCUGGGUCGUUCUCUCCGAAACGAGAAGCUUGACGCCCGAUAGGUGCGGAGGGGAGAAAGGAGAUGCCUUGAAGCGGAUUCUGGAACCUCCGCUGACACCCGUACCUGCAGUCGAUUCGAUUUCUCGGGCGCGUUUCCGCAGACACCUUUCAGGCAAGAAAGAGAGAAAAAAGGCACUCCCUUACCCCUUUCUGUUUGCGCUUUUAUUGCUUUCCUUUCUUUGUUAUCCGCUGUUCUUUUGUCUUCCUCCUCCACGAGCCGUGCGAUCCCUCUCCUCUUUGCCAUCUUUUCCAACAACGCAUACUCACGAUCCAUGAUCAAUUGCAGAUAGUUUGCAAAUAAACACCCUCGACUUGUCGAGGGAAGAGAAGCUCUGCAGGAAAUGGCAGAAUUUUCGCGAUUGAGGAGGAGGAGGAGGUCUGGCCAUUCAGCAAACUAUAUAAUGUCGUGCAAUUAUUGAUUUGGAACUGAUUCUUUGUUUAUGUGGCGUCUAUGCCUCAUUGCUGACAAAUUGUUGAAGAUGAUCAAAGGAGGAGGCCAAGGAGACCUCUUCUCUUCCAAAGAUCUAGUUCCUCUCAACCGUCGUUCUCACUCUGUGGAUGUUCCUCAUGUUCGGCAGCUAUUCAAUUGGGAUUGUGGCCUUGCCUGUGUUUUAAUGGUUUUAAAGACUCUGGGAAUCGACCAUUACAACAUUCAUGAUCUCGAGAAGCUUUGCUGUACGACAAGUAUUUGGACUGUUGAUCUGGCAUACUUGCUACAUGAGUUUUCAGUUAGUUUUUCUUUCUUCACUGUCACUCUAGGAGUAAAUCCAGAAUUUUCAGCAGAAUCCUUCUACAGGGAGCAACUGCAAGAUGAUGUAGGAAGAGUGGAUGGACUAUUUAAAAAAGCACUUGAAGCUGGAAUUAGCGUACAAUGCAGAUCCAUCAGUGGAAAAGAUAUCUCUGUCCUAAUAUUAUCUGGCCAGUGCAUUGCUGUUGCUUUAGUUGACAAGAUGAAGCUACGUCGGACUUGGCUGAAAGAUGUACAUGUGCCAGAAUGGUAUGGUCGAAGCUCCGAUUAUAUGGGGCACUAUGUUGUAAUAUGUGGCUAUGAUGCAGAUUCUGAUGAAUUUGAAAUAAGAGAUCCUGCCAGUUCUAGGAAGUAUGAGAGAGUUUCUAUGCAGUGCCUUGAUGAAGCACGCAAGUCCUUUGGCACGGAUGAGGAUAUUCUUCUGGUCUCCUUAAAUGGGAAAGAUGGUAACAAGUUCUCGUCCAAGCUCCUGAUAUAACCACAUUUUAUUAUUAUCAUUCUUUGCAGGAUCAGUUGGGUUGCUUCCAAGUGUUGUUUCUCAUCUUUCACGUAUCAUUUGUAUAUGAUCUUGUUAUUCAAUACUUACAUUAGUAUUUUAAAAUGAUAGCAAAGCAUAUAUGAAAAGUCCAAUGAAAAAAGGGGUUAUUAUGCAGCUGGAAACUGUUUUUUCUUUUCUCAUCCCGUUACAAUUGUUGCAAGCUUUUCU